UUAUUUAAUUUAUUUUUGUAUAUAUAAAAUAUAAUAUCCAACCAUAAAGUUUUUUUACCGAUCGAUGAUAAUGUGAAUCCAAAUAUUUUAACAGGAUGAUAAAUAAUUGAUGUGGCUUUUAUAACCGCAGCAAUUCUGGCGUGACUCUCUCCGCAGCAUUUAUUUUUCUCUCUAUAAAUUAAAAACAUUACUUACUCUUUCUCUCUUCCACUUAACUCAUAUCAACCUUCGCCGGAAAUAAUGGCUUUCCCGCGAUUUCUUUCUCUCCUCGCCGUCGUCACUCUCUCUCUUUUCCUCACCACCACUGAUGCUUCCUCUCGCUCUCUAUCCACUCCACCUAAAACGAACGUACUCGACGUCGUUUCAUCUCUCCAGCAAACACAAACUAUCCUCUCACUCGACCCGACUCGUUCCUCACUCACCACCACCAAACCCGAAUCCCUAUCCGACCCGGUUUUCUUCAAUUCAUCUUCACCACUAUCUCUAGAGCUUCACUCUCGAGACACUUUCGUCGCGUCACAGCACAAAGACUACAAAAGCUUAACACUCAGUCGACUCGAGCGCGACUCAUCCCGAGUCGCCGGAAUCGUCGCGAAGAUCCGUUUCGCCGUCGAAGGAGUCGAUAGAUCCGAUCUCAAACCCGUUUACAACGAAGAUACACGAUACCAAACCGAGGAUCUAACGACACCUGUCGUCUCCGGAGCCUCUCAAGGAAGCGGCGAGUAUUUCUCAAGAAUCGGUGUCGGAACUCCGGCGAAAGAGAUGUACUUGGUUCUCGACACCGGAAGCGACGUAAAUUGGAUCCAGUGUGAACCUUGCGCCGACUGUUACCAACAGUCCGACCCGGUUUUUAACCCGACUUCGUCUUCCACAUACAAAUCUCUCACUUGCUCUGCUCCACAGUGCUCUCUUCUCGAAACCUCCGCUUGUCGGUCAAACAAAUGUCUCUACCAAGUUAGUUACGGAGACGGAUCUUUCACCGUCGGUGAACUCGCUACCGAUACGGUGACGUUUGGUAACUCUGGUAAAAUAAACAACGUCGCUUUGGGUUGUGGUCACGACAACGAAGGUCUCUUUACCGGAGCAGCCGGUUUACUCGGUUUAGGCGGUGGUGUUUUAUCGAUAACCAAUCAAAUGAAAGCGACGUCGUUUUCUUACUGCCUCGUUGACCGUGACUCGGGAAAGUCCUCAAGUCUUGAUUUCAACUCGGUCCAACUCGGUGGCGGAGACGCGACGGCGCCGCUUCUACGUAACAAAAAGAUCGACACUUUCUACUACGUCGGACUCAGUGGAUUCAGCGUCGGUGGUGAAAAAGUCGUGCUGCCUGAUGCGAUCUUCGAUGUCGAUGCUUCGGGAAGCGGAGGAGUGAUCUUGGAUUGUGGAACCGCCGUGACUCGUCUUCAGACGCAGGCUUAUAACUCGCUGCGUGACGCGUUUCUUAAACUCACCGUGAAUCUCAAAAAAGGAUCUUCGAGCAUCUCUCUGUUCGACACGUGUUACGAUUUCUCGUCUCUCUCCACUGUGAAAGUACCGACGGUUGCGUUUCAUUUCACGGGAGGGAAGUCGCUUGAUUUGCCGGCGAAGAAUUAUCUGAUCCCUGUGGAUGAUAGUGGAACGUUUUGCUUCGCUUUUGCUCCGACGUCGUCGUCGUUGUCGAUCAUCGGGAAUGUGCAGCAGCAAGGGACACGUAUCACUUACGAUCUAUCCAAAAAUGUUAUCGGAUUGUCAGGGAAUAAAUGCUAAACAUGUCAAAGUAGAAAAAUUAAUAGUUUUACGGGUAAUCAGUAAAACUUUUUAUGGUACUAGCUAGCUACGGUAACAAGAUGAAAACAAAAUCCUUAAGUGUGAAUUUUUCUACCUUUUUUUUAAUUAAUCAUAAGUUAUUGUCGUCUUUUAUCGAAUAAUAAUAGGAUUAAUUAAUUUUAUUAUAAAGUUGAAAGUGUUGUUGUCUCAGCAAGAAGUUUUCAGUAGUGAAGAAGAAGAAGAGUCAAUAAAGUAAGAAGUUACAAAAAAGAAGGGUCUUUUUGUAACAAAAGUUUAGUCUUCAAAGAAACAAACAGACUUUUGUUGUUGUGGCCCUUUAAUGUCCUUCAAUAUUUUAAAUUAUAGUCUGAAUUUUACCAACUGUGUGGAAAUCAAUCAAUGUGAAAGUUGUUAAGUUGGGGUAUUCAAAUAAGAAAAGCCAGGGUAGAAAAAUUUGCCUUU